AUGAGUCUUUCGCCUGCUUCGUUUAAAACUUCAAAAGCUCAACUUACACUCUCUUAUAAAGUUAAUAACAAAGACAUUCGUCAUAAGAAUGAACUGCUCUCAUCCAAUUACCCAUUCAAGAAUGAAAAUGUGCAAGUUUCUGUAAAGACUGAGCCCUGUACUGAUGGUAAAGGUGGCCACAUAUUGUCUAUCUUUGUCAAAGCUUUCAAGGAUAUAGAGUUAGUAAGUUUUGAAACUGUUUAUAUGGCUGACUUGCGAAAUCAGAGAAUGAUGGCCAACGGUUUUCAAAGUUGGAGUCAAGCCCGUGAAUUCACAAAGAAUGACAAGAUUCACGCCAUUCGUUCAGGUAUUGCUUGGUAUACUCAGCUCAAUCUUCAAGGUGAUUAUGAUAUAUUUCAACAUUCUGGUGAAAGGGGGCUGAUUCAUUCAAGUAGCUACACCCACUUUCGUGAUACAGCAAAUAUAGUUUCCUUUUUCGGAUCUCUUUCCGAACAUCUUGGUUAUACAUAUUUUAAAGGAGACUUUAAUAAUAAUAGUUUAGGCAUUUAUAAAGAUGUACUUGGAAAAGAAUUAAAAUCAGAUGAAGAGAUAGAGUUAGUACGUGUCUUUAUUGCACAGGGUUUAGAUGCUGAGGCUCCUAUUUGGGAUAGUUAUAGUGAAUUUUAUGAGGAUCGUCGAGCGAUUCGACAUGAUGUACAUCGACAUGUGAAUGGGUGGACAUCUUGGUACAACUAUUAUGGUGACGUGAGUGAAGCGAUUAUUAAUGAAAAUGUGGAGGCCCUUUUACGUUAUAAAUACCCAAUCAAUAUCUUUCAAAUUGAUGAUGGUUUUCAGACAGCUAUCGGUGAUUGGUUAUCCAUCAACAGUAAAUUCCCCAGUGGCAUGAAGACGGUAGCUCAAAAGAUUAAGGGAGCGGGCUUUAAGGCAGGGCUUUGGCUAGCCCCUUAUGCAGUAGGAUUUAAUAGUCGGUUAGCCAAAGAGCACCCUGACUGGCUUAUUAUUGAUCCAGAGACCAAGAAGCCAGUUGUAGCAGGACCCAACUGGGGUGGCUUUUAUGCCUUGGAUUUUUAUCAGCCAGGUGCUCGAGCAUAUCUAAAGGAAGUCUUUCAAGUUGUAUUAGAGGAUUGGGGAUUUGAUAUGCUUAAAUUAGAUUUUUGUUUUGCAGCCGCCAUGAUUCCUCGUAGAGGUAAAUCGCGUGGUGAAAUUAUGUGGGAAGCCAUGGACUUGAUUCGUGACCUGGUUGGCCCAGAAAAACUGAUUUUAGGCUGUGGUGUUCCAUUAGCUUCAGCAUUUAGAAAAGUGGAUUAUUGUCGUAUUGGAUCUGAUGUAGCGCCAUGGUGGGAAGAUUCCAAGUUAAAGUUACUUCAUGUACGUGAACGUGUUUCAACAGCCAAUUCACUUGUGUCUACGUUGACUCGAUGGCCAAUGUCAGAUCGUAUGUUUGGUAACGAUCCAGAUGUCAUGAUUCUUCGUAACAAAAAAAAUAAGUUAAGCCCAGAUGAACGUUAUACACUUUGUGUAUUAAAUAAUAUCUUGGGAGCACUCGUGUUUAGUUCAGAUAAUGUAGCUUUAUAUGGACAAGAUGAACAUUUACUUUAUUCAGCGACUUUUCCCAAAGUGAUUGCACAUGUCUUUAGUGUGUUAGAGUUUAAACGUGAUUGUUUCAUGGUCAAGUUCGAUGUUGUCCAAGCCAAUGGUACAAGUUAUCGUUACACAACCUAUGCAAAUCUCACAGAUGAAGAACAAACGAUUUAUUUACCAGAAUCGUCCAAACAUACCCAUCUUUUAUUUGCUACAGAUAAUGACAUGCAUAUGAGUCAAGUAGACCGAACAGAAGCACUCUUUUAUCAUCCAUCUUCAGCUGCAAGAUUAAAAGUACAUGAAACAAAGACAUUUAUGCAUAUCCCUGAGCCUACAGAGGGAUUAGUGUUAUUAGGAUCCUUUAGUCAUAUUGUACCAGGCGCUGAAAUAAAUGAAUUUAGUGAAACAAAAGGAGAAAUCAAGAUUAGUUUUAAACAAGAAAAUACAAGAUAUCAUAAAGUCUUGAUAGGCUAUGGGCCCUACCUUCAUCAGAACCGUCAUAGUUAUGUGCCACCUAUUUGUAAAGUAAAUGGUAAACAAGCAGAUUAUGAAUGGAUUCCUGUUGCUGGUCUAGGCGAAGGAAGACCUAAAAGUGAAGUUUUGGCCUUUAUUAUAGAAGAUCAAGAACAAAGUUUUUUAAAAUAG